GUGAACACGGAGCGCUUUGAGUCAGACAGCUGUGGAAUAAACCACACGGAGGGGGGAUGGCCCAAAGACAUCAACCCUCAGGAGAUGGAACAGACCAUCCGCUUCAGGAAGAAGGUGGAGAAAGACGAGAGCUACAUCAACAGCAUCCUGCAACUGGGCAGCGUCAUGGAGCACUGUAUCAGACAGAACAACGCCGUGGACAUCUACCAGGACUACUUUGAGGACGAGAAGGAGGGGGACGAGAACCAGGAGCCUCCGUCCGCCAAGACCAUUAAUGUUUUCAGAGACCCUAACGAGGUGAAGCGUACUGUCUCUGGUCUGUCCUGGCACCCUGACGGUGGCAGGAAGUUGGCGGCUGCCUACUCGUGUCUGGAGUUCCAGAAGACGUCCAAAGACAUGAGCCUGGACUCCUACAUCUGGGACAUUGAGAACCCGAACCGUCCGGAGAUGACCCUGAAGCCGACGUCUCCGCUCGUCUGUCUCGAAUACAACCCCAAAGACUCACACACCUUGGUGGGGGGCAGCUACGGAGGACAGAUCGCAUACUGGGACACUCGCAGAGGCAGCCAGCCGGUGGAGAUGUCCUCCGUGGACCAGAGUCACAGAGACCCCGUCUACAAGGUCAUCUGGCUGCAGUCCAAGACCGGGACAGACGCCUUCUCUGCGUCCACUGAUGGACAGGUGUUGUGGUGGGACGUCCGCAGGUUUACUGAGUGUCUCCUGUCUGUCUGUCCCUCAGGUGUUGUG